CUGUUGCAACCUCGAAAGUUCCUCUCCCUUAUAAAAAUCAAACCCUAACUCGAACCUAGAGCUACCCCGACUCACCCAUGGCUCAUCAUGGCGUCUCCGACCCCGAAUCCGAACCAAACACCCGCCUUUACAAUCCAUACCAAGACCUGAACCUGCAGGUUCCCGUAUCCAACCUUUACAAGCUCCCAACCUCCCCGGAGUUCCUCUUCGCCGAGGAAUCCCUGCACCAGCGCCGUUCCUGGGGGGAAAACCUGACCUUUUAUACCGGAUCCGCAUAUUUAGGCGGAUCAGUAUCGGGCGCAGUCGUUGGGCUCUUCUCGGCUCUCAGGAAUUUCGAGCAAGGCGACACUUUGAAACUCAAAAUUAAUCGAAUCUUGAAUAGCUCGGGUCAUACGGGUCGGUCGUGGGGGAACAAGAUCGGUGUGGUGGGCUUGAUUUAUGCGGGAAUGGAAAGUGGGGUCGUGGCGGUGACUGAUCGUGAUGAUGUCUGGAGUAGCGUGGCGGCGGGUCUUGCGACCGGAGCUGUUUGUCGGGCUGCCCGAGGAGUGAGGUCUGCUGCGGUUGCCGGUGCGCUUGGUGGAUUGGCUGCCGGAGCUGUUGUUGCCGGGAAGAAAGUCUUGAAGAGAUAUGUGCCUAUUUAAAACGAGGGAAAAAACCAGGAAGAAUUUUCUGUGAGUUCAUAUUUCAGUUAAAUCGAAAAUUUUGAUGGUGGUAGGAUAAAUCUUGGG